AUGGCAGUGCCGGCGGCUUUGAUCCCUCCGACCCAGCUGGUCCCCACUCAGCCCCCGAUCUCCACGUCUGCUUCCUCCUCCGGCACCACCACCUCCACCUCCUCGGCGACCUCGUCUCCGGCUCCGUCCAUCGGGCCCCCGGCGUCCUCAGGGCCAACUCUGUUCCGGCCGGAGCCCAUCGCUUCGGUGGCGGCGGCGGCGGCGGCCACAGUCACUUCCACCGGCGGCGGCAGCGGAGGAGGCGGCGGCAGCGCGGGCAACGGAGGCGGCGGCGGAGGCGGCGGCAGCGCGGGCAACGGAGGCGGCGGCGGCGGCGGCAGCAACUGCAACCCCAACCCCAGCCUGGCGACCGCCAGCGGCGGCGGCGGCGGCGGCGGCGGCGCCUCCAGCACCCCCAUCAACGCGAGUGCGGGCAGCAGCAGCAGCAGCAGUAGCAGCAGCAGCAGCAGCAGCAGUAGCAGCAGCAGCAGCAGCAGCAGCAGUAGCAGCAGCUGCGGGCCCCUCCCCGGGAAACCCGUGUACUCGACCCCGUCCCCAGUGGAAAACACCCCCCAGAAUAAUGAGUGCAAAAUGGUGGAUCUGAGGGGGGCCAAAGUGGCUUCCUUCACGGUGGAGGGCUGCGAGCUGAUCUGCCUGCCCCAGGCUUUCGACCUGUUCCUGAAGCACUUGGUGGGGGGCUUGCACACCGUCUACACCAAGCUGAAGCGGCUGGAGAUCACGCCCGUGGUGUGCAAUGUGGAACAGGUUCGCAUCCUGAGGGGACUGGGCGCCAUACAGCCCGGAGUGAACCGCUGCAAACUCAUCUCCAGGAAGGACUUCGAGACCCUCUACAAUGACUGCACCAACGCAAGCCGGGGCGCAGCCGCUGUGGGAUGCGAGAACCCCAAGCCUCCGGGCAGAGGGGGCGGGAAGGAGGAGGACGGUGCCUUUCCAGGGGCCACAGCGCCCUUCCUGGGCCGCGCCGGCGUCAGGGGACCCCUCUCAGCGCUGCCGCCCGUGUGCGCGCUCCCUCGGACCCGGGUUCCACCGCAAGGCGCGGGGCACUGGCCUGGCUGCUCGGAGGCGCCAGGCGGCAGCCCGGGGUGGGAGGGAGGUCGUGACCCUGCUCGGCAGGGGUUAGUAGCUCACGCAAUGAGCAGGUGCAGGCUUUGCACUGGGAUGCUCUGUGUACCUGAAUACCGGUGCCAUGGCUUCCCCAGCCCGGCAAAGCGCGGGAACUCUAUGGAGGCCACGGGACCCGGAGCCAGGCCCGACCAGUUUUAUGCUAAUGAACGCUCACUGGGGGAGGAUCUACCGAGAGGGGGCGGGAGUAGGGUAACUUGGCAGUUUCGGGGUAGAAGUGAUCAUUCCACCCGCUCUCACAGUUCCGUCUUGUCCCUAUCGUUGGCUGCAGAGGGGAAAGUUCAGAGAUACCGGGUAAAAGCGAAAAUUUCUGAAAAUUUGGAAUUUUCAGGUUUUGGAAUUGAAGUCCUCACCAUAUG